GAGGAUUCACACGGGAUACAAGUCAUAUCUGUGUUCUAAAAGUCAUGGUUUGGAUCCUCUUCCACAUUGAUCCAGCAGGAGAAAAUAUACAUAAGAGGAGUCAUUUCAAACUACUUGUUUGGAGAUUUUACAAUGGAGAGAAAAUAUAUCACACACCAGAAGGCUUGCAAUACAAGGGAGAGAAGCCAUAUCAUUGUUCUGAAUGUGGCAAAACUUUUAUAAGCGAGAGAGACCUUAUAGUACACCAAAGAGUUCACACUGGAGAGAAGCCAUAUCAGUGUUCUGAAUGUGAUAAAGCUUUUACACGGAAGUCACAUCUUAUCACACACCAGAGGAUUCACACUGGAGAGAAGCCAUAUCAGUGUUCUGAAUGUGAUAAAGCUUUUACUCAGAAGAAGUCAGAUCUUAUCACACACCAGAGGAUUCACACUGGAGAGAAGCCAUAUCAGUGUUCUGAAUGUGAUAAAGCUUUUACUCUGAAGUCAAAUCUUAUCACACACCAGAGGAUUCACACUGGAGAGAGAAGUCAUAUCAGUGUUCUGAAUGUGAUAAAGCUUUUACACAGUGUUCUGAAGUCAAAUCUUAUCACACACCAGAGGAUUCACACUGGAGAGAAGUCAUAUCAGUGUUCUGAAUGUGAUAAAGCUUUUACACAGAAGUCACAUCUUAUCAGACACCAGAGGAUUCACACUGGAGAGAAGUCAUAUCAGUGUUCUGAAUGUGAUAAAGCUUUUACACAGAAGUCACAUCUUAUCAGACACCAGAGGAGUCACACUGGAGAGAAGCCAUUUUAAUGCUCUCAAUGUGACAAAACUUUUUCAGUGACAAAACUUUUUCAGUUAAUGCCGGUCUAAUCUAUCACCGGAGGAUUCACA